CUGGUCGGCGCACGCAUGGCUGACUCGGCUGGUGCCUGUCGCUAGCGGCAUCGAUCCGCGCAUGUCGGCCCUGGCUUUUGCAGAAGCCAGUCAGUCCACUAAGUACGGGAACGCGGCCGCCAGAGCGGUUCGUCCUGGAGCUCUGAGAGGGGUCAAAACGAGAUGCGAGCCGCUGGGCCGCCCGCCCCACCCGCAUCGGCUCGUAGACAAUUGACUCUGUGGCGACUUGCGUCUCAUUGCCUCUCCUUCCACGCGAAAGCUCGCAUUCCGACAUUGUCGAUCAUAAUCGGUACGCGCCUAUGCGCACGUCGGGAAACCUGUCUUGCCAUUAUAGCACCUCUGGUAACGUGUAUGGGAUAUUAAACUAGCGACAGUGCUAGUGCAUUGACUGAAAGCUGUUACUUAGCACAUCUACGCAAUCUUUCCGGCUAAAUCUUUCCGGCUAGUUUAACAGCGUUCACUGCUCGUGAUGGUGGUUCGCUUCGUCACUUGGAGUGAAGACUCCGUGUGGCCAACGGAUGCGUUUGUAGGAGCGCACUUACUUCUCUGUUAGAUGACAUGGAUAGAUCAAGCUUGUAGACCUUUCCACAUGAACUGGGUGUUCCGUGGAAGUAGGGUGCUUAAUUUGGAAAUGCCGAUGCCUUUUGCAGAACAAACGCAAACGGUCUUCGUCUAUUGUCCGCAGCUUUUGCGGAAAUAAUGUGUGAUAAGACUGCUUAUAUUCAAAUGUAAAAGCGAAAGACAGAGGGACCAGCAUAAUGUGUGUUCUACAGGAUGCCACACCUCUUUGUAUUAAUUGACUUUGAAAGGGUAGCUUUCCUGUUGAAUACGUUGUUCAGCUUACCUUAGCCUAGGAUAGUGGGGCCAGACUUCGUACUAGCAGUACGUGACUAGUUUCACGUGCGUGAUUGAACUAGCAGUUUCAGCCAACAUCGCCUGAUUAUAUGCAUAGUGUCAACUUUCGGUUCACUGAGCCUAUGACCCGAUAACUUCCAGCGCCAGCUUGGCAUCUGCUAGACACAGUGUUCUUGCAGUCGUAAUAUAUGCAUAUAAUAAAUAUAAAAUCGAAAACUGCUAUGGCUUGGCAAUUGAAAUCUUUUUGAAGGUGAGUGCCACCGUUGUGCUAGCUGAAAAAUACACGGACAGGCUAAGAAAGGAUGACAGAACCGACGCAUCGCAUAUUCUGCGACCGCAAUUUAUUGUCCCAACCAGAACCAGCUUUCUUCUUGGUGGACAGCACAAUGGGCUUCUGCUCAUCGGGAGAAGGCACCAGUGACCGCGUGAACCUACGGCUGAUCUUGGUCAGUGGCAAGACCAAGGAAUUCGCCUUCAGCCCGAAUGACUCAGCCGCAGAGAUUGCCCAGCACGUGUUCGACAACUGGCCCCAAGAGUGGUCUGACGAGGCCGUGUCCAAGGCAGAGAUCCUGCGCCUCAUCUAUCAAGGGCGCUUUCUUCACGGCAAUGUGACCUUGGGCGCACUGCAGCUUCCCCUGGGCAAGACCACUGUGAUGCACCUUGUGCCCAGGGAGAACCUGCCAGAGCCGAACUCUCAAGACCAGCGCCAGAAGAGCAAAGAACGAAGCAGCGGCUGCUGUAGCGCCAGCUGCUCCAUACUGUGAACUCCCCUGGACCAUCGUCGGCCCUGUACAUAGCCUGAACAAAGAAUAAAAGCGGACGCUCUGUGCGGCGACUACCGUGCGUGCGUGUGUGUGCGCGUGCGCUGAACGACACGCAUGCCCCCCCGAGUGAAACCAGCGGAAAUGCGUGGCGUGGUAACGAUCCCCAACUUGGUAGGCUGUUCCUCCCAAGGUGUACCACCAGGCUAGUCUCUUCCACCAUGUUCAUCUCAAACGGGAAGCAGCUAGCACAGCAAGUGACUGCAACGAAGAGGUGCUCGUGAAGCAGCCACUGACUGUUCUUGUGAUGUUCGUCUAGCGCCAGCAUCGGUUCCAGUAUCUUGGGCUUCUGCAGUGUGGAGCUUACCCGCUCGUCAUCCCAGAGGCCAGAACCAGCAGCGUCUUCGAGCACAGCUGGUGCAGAAGCUGAUGUCUGCUUUAAGCGCAGAGUGGACCUGUUUUUUUCGAUCAAGGCUGGUGGUCUGUAUGUGCCCGUCACAAAUUCACUCAGUGUUGCACGUGGGUGUCAUAGCCGCAGUGGUGCUUUGAAAGUAAAGUCUGGACACACCCUGAAA